CUCUCUCUCCCCUUCACUCUCAAAAAAAAAAACUGAAACUCUCUCUCUCUCUUUCUCUCUCUGUCUCUCAAAAGAUUUUCUCUCUCCUCAAACAUAGCUUGAACAAGACUUGAAAGGGCGUCAAUUCUCUCACACCUGCACUCCUCCAAAACUCUUCAGCAAACCCUCCUCCUCUUCGUCUCCCUCCUCCAUUCUUUCCGCCAUGAAUUUCUUCAAAUCCGUCUUCACCGACGAUGAUCCAGAACACUCCGAUCCCCAAACUGCCCCUACCUCCCCCUCCAAUUCACAACAAUCCCCACACCAGCAACCCGAUCCAAAUCCUAAUUUUCCUCCCGCCCCGACCCCCUCAAUCUCCUCCCUCACCGCCGCCUGGUCCUUCGGCGGCAUGAUCAAAACCCUAGCCUCCAAAUCCGAGUCGGUCCUCGAGACCUACCGCCGCGACCUCGAGGAGUUCGGCUCCGGGCUGAAGAAGGAGACCGCGGUGAUCCGAGAGGUCGCCGGGAGAGCGGUGAUGGACCUCCCCACCUCGCUCGAGGCCGGGGCAGCCGCGGCCCAGGAGUCCCUCGAGUCGGUGGGCCAGGUGAUAGACAAUCUUGGGGUAUCAGUGGUUGAGAUCAUAUCUCACGGUAAGGACUCUUUGCUUGAUGAUGGUUAUACUUAUUCUGAUGGCGAGCACCAACUUGAGAAUGACCAGAAUAGUAGCAACUUGAAUUCGAAGCCGUAUAGUAGGAUUGAUGCUCAGAUUCGUGCUAUUCAAUGCGACAUGAAUACUUACGUUAAGGAAGUAGAGGAUGUGGAGGAGUUUGAGGAGUGGAAACUAGGGUUUAAGUUGGGUGAGAAGGGUGGGGAGAUUGGGGAUUUGAUCGAAGAGAAUGAGUCGAUCGAGGAGAUUUUUAACGAGGUUGUUCCGGGUGUGGUUGACGAGGAGACGUUUUGGGGGAGGUAUUUUUAUAGGGUUUAUAAGGUGAAGAAGGCGGAAGAGGCGAGAGCUAAGCUUGUGAAGAGGGCGAUAGCGGGAGAAGAGGAGGAGGUUUUGAGUUGGGAUGUUGAUGAUGAUGAUUAUGAGGAGAGCAGUGGAUCUAAGUCGAAGGUUGAGGAUUUGGAAAUGAAGAUUGAAGAGAGAGGUUCUUUGGGAAAAGUUGAUGAUGGGUUUGAGGCUGCAAGUGAGGAGAAGAGUUUAAGGAGUGAAAAUAAUGGUGAAAAUGAUGAUGAAAAGGAGGUGGUUUUUGAAGCGAAAAGUGACGAUGGGGGUGAUGAGAGAGUGGAUUUGGAUGGGGGUGAAUCGAGUGGCGACAAGUUGGAGGGAAAAUCUGAUGAGAAAUUGGGUUCGGAUGGGAAGACUGAGAAUGGCGGAUCGUGCAAAGAUGACUUCUCUAUUGUCUCAAGCCAACCAUCAAUGCCCGAGGAAGAAGAUCUUGGGUGGGAUGAGAUUGAAGAUACUGGGAACACUGAUGAGAUUAAGGCCACAACAAGUGGGAGUCCAAACAGAUCUGAUUUGCGAAAGAGGUUGAGUGCUAUGGACGAAGAAGAUCUUGGUUGGGAUAUUGAAGAUGAUGAUGAGCCUGUUAAGUCGUGAUCCGAAUGACAUCCAAAGAUGAUAAAUGUUAUGAUUUAGUUAUUGAACUAUUGCCUCCAAUUUGAUGUCUUGUGAAGUACUACUAUGUUCAUGGUAUGUUCAGUGACGUUGGGUGCUUUUAUUCACUAUAAAGUGUAAAUAUGUCUUUUUAUCUUCUAAACAAUUCAAGUGACAUUGUCAUUGUUAUAAUUCCAAUUUAAGAAGUUCACGGAUCAGAUUUAA